AUGAUGGAAGGCUUUUAUUAUUGCUCAAUUUGUGCAGAGAAAAAGCAAGCAGAUUGGAUGUGCACAUGUCAGUAUUCAAGACGCUAUUAUUGUGAAAUACAUUCAUAUAUGCAUACUUUGGAGCAUCCAAGAGCAAAAUCAGGUUUGCAAAGAGCAUGACUUCCAAUCAAAGAAGAAAGUAGACUAAAAAUAACUAAAAAACUCUCGAAAAAAAUUGAAAAACUUAAUAAAUCAAAGCAAGCACUUACUCCCCCCUCCGUGAGCGAACAAAAAUUCUUGAGGGGUUAAUUUUUUUUUAAAAAUAUUUAUAUAUAAAUUUAUAGUAAAUUUUUUUUGAAAUUUUAAAAAAAAUCCUUAUUCACAAAAAUUGGAAAGCAAAUAUUAAUUUAAUUUAUAAAAUUUAUGUUUUUUAAAGCGCAAUUUGUUUAAAAUUAAACAUAAUUAAAAUAUGGCGUCUUCGUCUGGGUAUGGUCUCCCGGCCAUACAGCCUCGACACAUAUUUUAAUUAUAUCCGGCAAGGUUUUACCCAUUUCAGAGAAGGACAGCAAUGCUAGGUAAGCAAUUCUGGUUGUGUGCAGAGCCUAGCCCAAGUCUAUUCUCAGGGUUGGAUUUUUCCUCGUGGGGGAAGUUGGAAAGGGGAAGCCCAGCGAAGUCCUUAGGACCAUUCGGGCAACUCCCUAGCGUGAAACUGGGCGUUACGUCCCAGGCUACGUGUUUUUCCUUUUUUGCCGAUAGCCGACCAGAAAAUCCAUUUUUUGGGUUUUUCGAAAAGCAACCCAUGUUGCAAGCAAGUAGCUCAUCCAUGAGCUGUCGAAGCCGGAACACUCGUCCGGAGGCGCACCCUGGUGAAUCGAAACAGACUGGCCCAGUGGUCUGUAGGCCCGAUGCGGCGAAGGCGAGCGGCAGGGUGUGGGACUUAGCCUACCCCGUAGUGGACGUUAAGCGUUUAUAAAUCUUAAGUAAGUAAGUAAGUAAGUUUAAAAUUAAACAGAAUUAGCUAUAGAUUUCAUUAUAAUAAUUAUCAUUUAUAUAUUAAACAUUUUUUUUCAUAAAAAAAUUUAUGUUCGCUUACGGAGGGUGGGUUUUGGGCAAAAAAUAGGAUUUUUUCAAUGGUUUUGUUCACUCACGGAGGGGUAGAAUUAUAGAAACUACAUUAAAAAGAAUAAAAUGUUUAGAAGCCUUUCUUCAAGAAAGUAUUGCCCACAUUUUAAAGGAGAAUAGCUACUACAAGAGCAUGAUCAUGACAAUUAAUUCACUUGCUCAUUCUCCGCUAAAGACUAACGACGCUCUAAUUGAAAUUUUAUCGAAACCAAUAGAUAGGUUUCGUUUGAAAGCAGCAAUUGAUAAUUUUUCACUAUCAGCUCCUAAAGAUGCCUCACUUGUAAAUUUACAUGCAUUAUUUGCAGAAUGAAAGAAACAAGAAAGCAUCGAUCAAUCAACCAAAAAGAGAUGUCCAAAUUAUCACGAUUGUCCAGACAUCUUGCAUUGCAGCUAUGCGCAUCCUACCAAAAAUGUAUGAAAAACUUAGUGUGAAUUUUAUCCUAACUGCAAAAAUGGUGAUGACUGCCCAUACAGACACGUAAAGGUAGGACUUAUUUAGACUUUAUGCAAGUUUGGGAGAAAUUGCACCAAAAAAGGAUGCCCUUACAUCCAUCCAACUUUAGGCAAUUCUUCAGAACCAUUGAAAAUUACUAGACCCACAGACAAUAAAGAUAAUCGGCUUAAAUAUUAUAGUUUCAGGUAA